AUGCCGCUCAGUCGAUCCUCUCCGAGUUCCCUCAAUGCCCAGGAGCUCGCUGAUCGCAUGCUCGGCCACCGCCUCCGCACCAAGCAGACCUCAGAACGAGGUCUUGUCGUCAACAAAGUCUACGUCACAGAGCAAGUGAAGUACGAAAAGGAGUUCUACUUAUCCUUUGCGGUAGACAGAACCAAAAGCAAGCCGGCAAUCGUCGUAUCGAGAAGCGGGGGAAUGAAUGUCGAAGAGGCCGCCGAGAAGGACCCCGAUAGCAUUAUCAAGCUGCAUCUCUCCUACGACAAGGAUAUUACGCGGAAGGAUGCGAAUGCUAUCGCAAAGGUGCUCGGCCUUACCAGCGAGCACUCUAUCAAGCAGUUGCACACGAUGGUCUCCCGCCUGUACACUAUUUUCAGAGCCAAGGAUGCAACCUUGCUGGAGAUCAACCCCGUGGUCAUCACUAAGGAAGGAGAUCUUAUUUGCCUAGACUCCAAAUUCUCCUUCGACGAUGCUGCGUGCUUUCGACAGCCAGAGCUCGCCAAGUUUAGGGGUGAGGGAGAGGGAGAGGGGGAGGACAAGGACCCGCGACAGGCUCUCGCUGCAAGCCACGGCUUUGCGUACGUGUCUCUUGAUGGAAUGAUUGGGAACAUUGCCAACGGCGCGGGCCUUGCCAUGGAUACAAUGGACGCCAUCGCCUACUACGGCGGAACCUGUGCUAACUUCCUUGAUGCGGGAGGCAAGGCUACCAAGGAUACCAUGGUCAACGCGCUUCGGCUGGUACUGAGCGACGAGCGCGUAAAGGUUCUCUUCAUCAACAUUUCUGGCGGCAUUAUCCGCGGACCCGUCGUUGCGGAGGCACUUAUCGAUGCGCUCAAGGAGAUCAGCAAGUCCAAGAUUCCUCUAGUAGUCAGGCUCGAAGGUACGGGGUCCACUGAGUGUCGCAAAAUUCUCGAGGGAAGUGGCCUUCCUAUCCAUUCGAUCAGUGACUUUUCCGAAGCUGUGCAGAAAGCUGCUGCCCUGUCUCGGACCUGA